CUCCCGGCCGGAGACAUGAAGAGUGGGAGCGAGACCCGGGACUGCUGUUGCCGACAUUUGUGGAAAAUCCUGGCCAAGUGUGGCUGCUGCUCCCGAUCCCAAGAAACCUACGCGGUGACGGGCAGCCAGGGCAGUGUCUCGGUGUCGGCUCAGCGCCCGCCCUCCGCAGGCUCGGCCCCCGGCUCCCCCGGCAGCAAGCGCUCGGUCAGCACGCUGAAGAAAUGGCUGACCAGCCCAGUGCGCAAACUCAGCAGCGGCAAAGCAGACCGUCAGGUCAGGAAACUGGAGACCAAGCUCAGGAAGGCAGAGCGUCGCAAGAGCCUGGACGAGAGGAAGAGGAGCGAGGACUUUGGUGUCGUCAACAAAGUGGAGGAGAGCAGCCCCUCAUCCCAGGACAGAAGCGAAUGGAGGGAGGAGGUGGCAGGAAGCAGGCUGCCGAGCGAGCUGGCAGAGGAUGGAGAAUCCGAGCCCUCAUCACUACCGACUGCCGUCCAGCACAGAGAACAGCCAGAGCAGCUCACUGUGGUACAAGACCCCACUUUGCUCAGCCUGGUACCAGAUGGUGCUUCGAGUUCCUUGUUCAACCACCCGAACGGACUACUCACACACACGACUCCACAAAUAGACGAGGAGGAAGAGAGGAGGAGCGCUCUGGAGAAGAGUAUGUAUGUCCUGCGGGAACUGAUAGAAACAGAGAAACUGUACGUGACGGAUCUGGGGUUUAUAGUGGAGGGUUACAUUGCCACCAUGAACGAAAAAGGAGUUCCCGAAGACAUGAGAGGCAAAGACAAGAUUGUGUUUGGAAACGUUCAUCAGAUCUACGAGUGGCACAAGAACUAUUUUCUGGGAGAGCUGGAGAAAUGCAUUGAGGAGCCGGACAAAUUGGCUGAGCUGUUUAUCAAACACGUGAAGCGGCUCCACAUGUACGUGGUUUAUUGCCAGAACAAACCCAAGUCAGAGCACAUCGUGUCCGAGUACAUCGACACCUACUUCGAGGAUCUGAAACAGCAACUUGGCCACAGACUUCAACUCAACGAUCUGCUCAUCAAACCCGUGCAGAGGAUCAUGAAAUACCAACUGCUGCUCAAGGAUUUCCUGAAAUACGCCACAAAGGCUGAGGUGGACACCUUGCAGUUGGAGAAAGCCGUCGAGGUGAUGUGUUUCGUUCCUCGACGAUGCAACGAUAUGAUGAACGUGGGCCGUUUGCAAGGCUUCGAGGGAAAAAUCACGGCUCAAGGAAAGCUGCUCCAGCAGGACACGUUACAGGUGAUGGAGCAGGAUUCCGGCUUCCUGUCCCGCAGUAAGGAACGCCGUGUCUUCCUGUUCGAGCAGAUCGUGAUCUUCAGUGAACCUCUGGAUAAGAAGAAAGGAUUCUCGCUCCCGGGAUACAUGUUUAAGAACUGCAUCAAGGUCAGCUGCCUGGGUCUAGAAGCUUCUGUGGACAACGACCCCUGUAAAUUUGCAUUGACCUCACGAAGGACAGAUGGAAACGUGCUCCGUUACGUGUUACAAGCCGCCCAUCCCGACAUCCAGCAGGCCUGGGUCUCCGACCUCAGCCAGAUCUUGGAAACACAGCGGAAUUUUCUCAACGCUCUCCAGUCCCCUAUCGAAUACCAACGAAAGGAGAACAAAUCUAACAGCUUGGGGCGGCCUCGAGACCCCAGGACAGCUAAGCCUCCCUCGGCCGGGAUGAGACCCCACUCCUCGGCCUCCAUGGACAGAAACCAGUUCCCCUCUCUGAAGGCCUAUAACGAAUCUCUGCCAGCUCUGUUUCUCUCCAGCCACAGGAGCCCCAGUCUUAACCGGGGCAAGACCCCCGACGAUGGGAUUUCCAGCAAAUCCAGCCACCACACUGAAAAACCAACAAGCAGACGCAAAAACAGCCAGGACCACAGUAAGCGUGACGAGAGCAAGCUAUAAAAAGGACGGUUCUUUUUUGAACUCAACAGAACUGCAGUUCAGAAGCGGACCCCCAGCCUGUGGGUCAGGGUCAUUAGUGUACAAGACCGUGAGCUAAUUGGCAGAGCCAGCAGGUCAACAGGUUUGGCACAGAUUGGCACAGGAGUGUCAAAGUGAAUCAAAAGAUACGGGAUCUUACGAGGACAAAAGGGAGCAGUUUCCGCUGUGAGUUUGUACAUCGUUCAUUCACUGCCUCUGGGAUAUCAUUCUCGCUUUAUGUAUCUACCGACUCCCCGCUUUGGUGCCCAAAAUAAUCCAACAUAACACCUGGAAGACUAUCUUAUUAAAGAGUGGGUUGGUCACGCGUGGAAAGUGCUCUCACACAAAGAGACAGGCAUUAACUCCACGGCCCUCUGGCUCCGAAUGGGACCCAGGCCAAUUCUAUCAAAGCGGAAUGAGGUUGCAGUUGGAUUGCGGAGAGAUCAAAGAGUAUUACUAUUAAUCGUUGCCCUGAAACAUCUUUGACCGAGACACCCGCAGUUUCGAGUGGAAUAUUUGGUGUCGACGCGCCUCGCUCCCUGAACCCAGCUGGAAUGGGAAAUGUUGGGAGCCAUCUGAACAGGAUUGGAGAGUCAGCAGGUUUGAGGUUUGAUACCCGCCUUUCAAACGGCCGACACAAAUACCCACACAUUCGCACCAACAAAGUCUCCUCGAAAACAUGCGACCAUAGCUGCUCUAACAUACCCCCAGCGUAGCAAAGCUGUCAUGGCUGCCUUGCUGCCUGCAAACAACAACUUGCAUUUAUAUAGCGCCCCACAUCUUAGGUGCUCUGUUAAACAGUAAUCCCUUCAAAAAAAUGUUUUUAAAAAAAGAAGUUUCGGUCACUCGAUCCAUGACUGUUUGUGGGACACUACAGUGCGCGAUUGGCUGCCGCGUUUCGGCCACAAAAUAUAGUCAAUUCACUUUAUAGCGUAUUUUGUGAAGCGUUUUGAGACGUCUCGAAGAUCUGAUAAGAGUGCUGGAUCAAAUGCAAAGAUUAUCAUCAUAUUAUUGCGGUUGGGGAUGGAGUCAAGGGGAAGAAUCUUGCAACAUAGAGGAUUAGGCACCAAAGUUAUAGCAAGAUCAGGUCAAUAUAUGUCCCAUUCACAAACCAGCGCCAAGCACCAAGGAGAUGUCAGAGGGGCAUUAAAAGGAACCGGCAAAAGGUAACAAAUAGAGAAGAAUAUUUGGGAUCUCAUUAGUUCCCCGUUGCUGGCAAUCUUCUCUCACACGUCUGUCGUCUUGUUGUCACGCAGUACCUGGGAGGACUAGGAGUUCCGCCCUGCUGAACAUUUGUUAUGUAUCAUACUCCCUGUAUAUGCAUGUUUUAAUAAAAGAUCAUCUCUUCAAAAAA